GAUAGAUGCUUAUAGUUGUAAAUUUUUGUUUUAUCAUGGUUUCUUGACGUUUAGACAUAUGACUGAGGGUUAUCUGUGACGACGGACCACCGGUGAACUCGAGGAAGCUGUAAGAGGCUCAUAAGGAGCCGAAGACGUUCUUUCCAAUCACCUUUCGAAAGAAUGUUCUAGAAUUCCAACGUGUAGCUUCCCCAUUGGAUAAUGCUAAUAAUCCCCUGUACGCGGAUUGGAAGACUGUAAUGAUGAUUUCGUUCUCACUAAAAACUAUAAAUACCUGACCAUUUUUGUACUAUGUUUGACACUGUUUGGAAUAAUAUUCCUUUCGUUAGUCUUCUGUCUUCUUGUUGCGACUUGGAAGGGUUUGGUGUUCUAGUGCACAGUUAUACGCGGUUGUAUCAAGAAAAAUCAGCUUUUUCAAGUUAUAACAUCUGGCGACGGGUUAUUGUAUCAAUAUGUCACUUACCUUGGAACAAUUUGAAGCCUUAUUGGAACGCCAAGAAAAGUUCCAGAUGCGCAUGUUAGAGAUGCUAACGCAGAAAAUGAACCUGGAUCAAAAAGAAGUUACAGAUGAUCCCUUCAAAUCUCAUGUUGACCAGAUUGUUAAUUCUAUCCAUGAAUUUAAUUUUGAUGGUUCAGCUGGCAUUACUUUUGAAACUUGGUUCAAGAAAUAUGAAGAUUUGUUCAAGGUCGACCUGAAAAAACUUGAUGACGCCGCUAAGGUCAGAAUACUCUUGCGAAAGCUUGGAACUGUUGAACAUGAACGUUACAGUAACUUUAUCCUUCCAAAGAAUCCAAGAGAUUUUUCUUUUGAUGCAACGAUUGAAAUUUUGUCGCAAAUCUUUGCUGAACAGUCAUCCUUGUUUAAUAUUCGUUAUCAAUGUCUCAAGAUGACAAAAGCAGGUGAUGAUGACUGGGUGAAACAUGCGGGUUUAGUAAACCGUGAAUGUGAGCGUUUCAAACUAUCAGCAAUGACAGAAGACCAGUUUAAGUGUCUCGUAUUUGUGUGCAGCCUCCAAUCUCCCGAAGAUGCCGAUAUUAGAACUAGAAUUUUGAGUAAAAUUGAACAAUGUCCGAAUAUGACACUACAAGAAGUAACCGCAGAGUGCCAGAGAUUGGUGAACCUAAAGCAUGACACUUCGAUGGUCGAAAAUAAUGGCCAGUUGCCAUACGUUCGUGCUGUAAGCGGAAAGAAUGAUUCUUGCUCAAGAAAGGCAUCGCACACAGAUAAUCAGCCUUCAUCUCCAUGUUGGUCUUGUGGUGGUUGGCAUUAUAAAAGGUUCUGUCCAUAUAAAGAACAUUGUUGUAGCAAGUGUCAUCGCAAGGGACAUAAAGAAAACUGCUGCAGAAAAAGAACCCAUAAACGACAUUCUUUGAAACCCUACUCGAAGAAAUACAGAUUUAGUGCUCGAACUAACAAAAUAUUGGUAUCACAUAAUCGAGCACGAACUUGCCGCCAAAGAAAGUAUGUAAACUUGGAUAUAAAUAAAAAGCGUGCCCGCCUGCAACUCGACACCGCUUCUGACAUCACACUUAUUAGUCGGAGAACUUGGAAUCUUAUCGGUAAACCACAGGUCCUCCCAACAACCCAGUUAGCUCACAGCGCAUCUGGAGGAAAACUAAAUAUUGUUGGAGAGGUUUGUUGUACAGUCUCGAAAGGAAAUGCGAAAACGAAUGCAACCUUAUAUCUUACACAUAAUCCAGGACUAGAUUUGCUAGGUCUAGACUUGAUAGAAGCACUUCAAUUAGCAAAUCACCCCAUUAACCACAUAUGCAGCGCAGUGAGAACCAGUAAACCUGUGGAAAAGGAUCUGAAGAGUGUUGUAUUGGAAAGACACAGUCAAGUGUUUACGGAAGAGUUGGGGGAAUGCAAAAAGGUUAAAGCACUAUUGAUUCUUAAACCGGGAGUCACCCCCGUCUUCAGACCAAAACGUCCGGUACCCUAUGCAGCACUACCUAUUGUUGAACAAGAAUUAGAGCGUCUGCAAAUAAGUGGAAUAAUCGAACCAGUAAACUUUUCUGAUUGGGCAGCUCCAAUAGUGAUUGUUAAAAAGCCUAAUGGAAGUAUCCGGUUAUGUGCAGAUUAUUCGACUGGAUUAAAUGAAGCGCUUGAAGCCCAUCAAUACCCAUUGCCGGUACCAGAGGAUUUAUUUGCGAAACUGAAUGGGGGUAAGUAUUUUGCGAAAUUAGACCUAUCAGACGCUUAUCUACAGAUUCCGGUAGCGGAUGAGUGUAAGCAUUACUUGACAAUAAACACUCACAAGGGAUUGUUCCGAUAUAACCGACUUCCUUUUGGAGUAAAGACUGCCCCUUCAAUCUUCCAACAAGUUAUGGACACUAUGUUACAAGACAUUCCUGGUACCGCGGCUUAUCUCGAUGAUAUAUUGAUCAUGGGUACAGACUGUGCUGAUUUAGAGAAUAAGGUGGAUACGGUUCUCAGACGCAUAGCAGAUUAUGGACUAAGACUGCGUGCCGAAAAAUGUGAUUUUUACAUGGAGCAAGUCCGGUAUUUGGGAUUCAUAAUUGAUAAAAACGGGAGAAAACCUGAUCCUGAAAAUGUCGAAGCCAUUAAGUCCAUGCCUCCACCGACGGAUGUGUCAACUUUACGUUCUUUCUUGGGAAUGGUUAGUCAUUAUGGAGUUUUUCUGCCAGAUCUGCAUCGCCAUCGUGCUCCUCUUAAUUGCUUAUUGAAAAAGGAUACUAAAUGGUUCUGGUCAACUGAAUGCCAAGAAGCAUUCCUAAAACUGAAGCAGCUUCUAUCAUCGAAUCUUCUCCUUACACACUAUGAUCCCGAUCUUCCAAUUAUAGUCGCAGCAGAUGCGUCGAACUACGGAAUUGGAGCAGUAAUUUCACAUGCCUACCCUGACGGUUCUGAGAAAGCAAUCGCUCACGCUGCAAGAUCUCUGACUAUGACUGAAAGAAACUACAGUCAAAUAGAAAAAGAAGCCCUCGCGAUUAUAUUUGCUGUAAAAAAGUUCCACAAGAUGUUGUUUGGUCGGCAGUUCACCUUACUUACAGACCAUAAACCUUUACUGACAGUUUUUGGAUCUAAAAAAGGCAUCCCGGUAUAUACAGCAAACCGGCUACAGAGAUGGGCUACCACACUACUGGGUUAUGAUUUCAAGAUAAAUUAUCAACCAACAACGGAUUUCGGACAGGCAGAUGCACUCUCAAGAUUGAUUGGUCUGCAUGAAAAACAAGAAGAAGAGGUGCUUGUAGCUCCUAUAGAUGUCGAGGCCGAGGUUCACAAAAUAUUGUCAGACGCAGUUUCCGGACUCCCGGUCACAUUUGAAGCAUUUAAAGAGGCCAGCAAGAAGGAUAAUAUAUUAAAGAUUGUUCGCCAUUGCAUACUCAAUAAAUGGCCUUCAUCGAGAUUACACGGAGAACUCUUACAAUACUUUCGUCGACGAGAGUCAUUAACAGUUGUCGAUUCAUGUAUAAUGUUUGGCCAUCGUAUCGUUAUCCCCAGAAAUCUUCGACACCAAGUCAUUAAACAGUUCCACAGCGGGCAUCCGGGGAUAAGUAAAAUGAAGUCACUAGCUCGUAGCUAUGCAUACUGGCCGUCAAUGGACCAUGAGAUAGAGCAAAAAUGUCGCAGCUGUUGGUCCUGUCAAGAGGCUGCAAAGAAUCCAACGAGAGCUGAGCCACAACCAUGCCCUAAACCGGACGGGCCUUGGCAAAGAAUACAUGCUGAUUUCGCCGGACCGAUACAAGGCAGGAAUUACUUAGUUGUUGUAGAUGCUUUCACAAAAUGGCCGGAAGUAUAUGACAAGCCGAAUACGACUUCAGAGAGUACCAUAAGAAGAUUGUCAGGAUUGUUUGCCUGUUUUGGGGUUCCAGAGAUCUUAGUGACUGACAAUGGUACUCAGUUUAUGUCAUCUGCCUUCAAACGCUUCUGCAACGAGAAUGGCAUAUUGCAUCUACAAUCUCCUCCAUACCAUCCUCAGUCGAAUGGCCGGGCAGAAAGAUUCGUGGAUACAAUUAAAAGAGCUCUGGUCAAAGGGGGAGGUGAGGGUGUCCCGGAACAAGUGAUUAAUAAGUUCUUGAUGUCUUACAGAGUUUCCCCUAAUCCGGCAGUACCAGAAGGAAAGUCUCCGGCCGAGUGUAUGUUCCGUAGGAAAAUCCGGACAGUUUUUAACAGUAUGUUGCCGCCCAGAAAGACAAAUAAACCCACGAAUGAAAAUCGUAAGGUCAAUCGUAGCUUCCAGGUGGGUGAAAAGGUACUUGUCAGAUCGUAUCAAGGUAAUAGGAAGUGGGAACCAGGUGUCAUAGAACGUCGAAUCGGAAAUGUGCUGUACCUAGUCCGGAAAGAUGUCGGGAAAUGCAUAAGACAUAUAAAUCAAAUGCAAAGAAAUGAUAGUAUAGUGGUCACAGAAAACCGGCUUCCAUUUCAAUUGCUCGUAGAUUCAUCUCAGAAGAACCAUCAUGAGCGCGAAUAUCGAAAAGACAAACGACGCAGAGAGAAAGCUGUACAACCCUCGAGAGUAAUGAAACGCAAGAGGAAUGCGACACCCAAGUUUCAGGUGGAUCCAAGAAAAAAAUCUCAUACAACGGACUUUAAAGGGGGGAGGUGUGACGACGGACCACCGGUGAACUCGAGGAAGCUGUAAGAGGCUCAUAAGGAGCCGAAGACGUUCCUUCCAAUCACCUUUCGAAAGAAUGUUCUAGAAUUCCAACGUGUAGCUUCCCCAUUGGAUAAUGCUAAUAAUCCCCUGUACGCGGAUUGGAAGACUGUAAUGAUGAUUUCGUUCUCACUAAAAACUAUAAAUACCUGACCAUUUUUGUACUAUGUUUGACACUGUUUGGAAUAAUAUUCCUUUCGUU